AUGGGCGCCAAGAAGAAGACGACGAGCCGCGCCACCGGCAGGAAGAAGGUAGCAGAGCCGAAAGGAAUGAGUGCAUCGACGCCAUCCGACGAGAUGUCGCUUCACGACGAGGAAGCGAUCGAAUUCGACGAUGUACUUUCAGAUGACCGUCGCGUGGCGGCGGAGGAGGCGUAUGAUGAGGCCAUUAACGAUGAUGACGACUUUGAGGUGAAGGCGGAGAAGUAUCGUCGGCGGAUGCUCGCCCUCAGCCGUGAGGCCGCGGAGGAGCGUGAUGCGGACAUGCGAACCCGUGUGGUGAAGGCGACUCCGCUGCACGAUGCCGAGGAGGCGCAGGAGCAGAUGCAGCUGCUUGGCCAGCAGCACACGACGGAGGAGCUGCGGGAUCGAAUUCAGGAGACGGUCCGUGUGCUGUCAAAGUUUAAGGAGGAGCGGGAGGAGGAGCGGACGCGUGCGGAGUACAUGGAGCUGCUCCGCUCUGACGUCAUGGAACUCUACGAAUACAACGAGUUCCUGACAGAUGCAAUUUUGCUGCUCUUCCCACCGGCCGAGGCCGUGGAGUUUUUUGAGGCGAUGGAGAAACCGCGUCCGACAACCAUCCGCGUGAACACGUUGAAGGCCAAACGCCGGGAUUUGGUGCAGACGUUGGUGAAGCGCGGCAUGAAUGUGGAGCCGCUGGAGAAGUGGUCUAAGGUGGGGCUGCAGGUGUUUGAGUCCAACGUUCCCAUCGCGGGAACGAUUGAGUAUCUUGCCGGGCACUACAUGCUGCAGUCGGCAGUGUCGUUUUUGCCGGUGAUGGCGCUUGCCCCGCAGGAAAAGGAGCGCAUUCUUGACAUGGCCGCCGCCCCUGGUGGAAAGACGACGUAUAUUGCCCAACUGAUGAAGAACACAGGUGUGCUGUUUGCCAAUGACGUCAGCGAGCCCCGCACAAAGUCGUUGAAUGCCAACUUGCAACGCCUCGGGGUGAUGAACGCGGUGGUGACAAACUACGAUGGCGCCGGCUACGAUAAAGUCAUGAGGAACUUUGACCGCGUUCUUCUUGACGCCCCGUGCACAGGUAGCGGCAUCAUCUCGCGGGACAAGAGCAUCAAGACCAGCAAGCACUACGAGGAUGUUCAGCGGGCCUCGCAGCAGCAACGGUCUCUCCUCCUUUCUGCCAUUGACGCGGUGAAGGUGGGCGGCUACGUUGUCUACUCCACCUGCUCGUUCCUUGUGGAGGAGAACGAGGCGGUUGUGGAGUUUGCGGUGCGGCGACGCCACGUGGAGAUUGUCGAAAUGGGGCUUCCGUUUGGCCGCCCUGGGCUCACAAAGUACCGGCACCACCGCUUUCACGAAAAGAUGCAGUGCUCGCGCCGCUUCUUCCCGCACGUGCACAACAUGGAUGGCUUCUUCGUCUGCAAGCUGAAGAAGUUGUCAAGCGACCGCACCGACGUCCACGACGCCAAGGAGGAGGUGGAGCGGACGGAGAAUGGCCUCUCACGCCGUGGGAAGAGUGGGGAGAAGAUGGCCAGCAAGCGUCAGCGCGACGGCAACACACACGCCGUGGCGAGGACGCCAGCAAAGGCCAGCCGCCUCAGCGUCCCUCCACCGAAGGGAAGGAGCGGAAAGGCGAGCCCCCGGUAA